AUGCAUUCUGACGCAAACCCACCUCCAAGCACGAUCCUUCGAGGUCGUGAACUGGCCCUCGUGUUUGUCUCUAUGCUACUAUCAAUGCUCUUAGUGGCUUUGGACGGCACUAUUCUUGCCACUGCUCUUCCGAGAAUAGCAUCUGAGUUCAACAAUUUUUCGCUCCAAGGCUGGGUUGCUACCGUCUUCGGACUUGUUCAGGUCGUGCUCCUUCUAUUCUACGGCCAAAUGCUCCGCGUUUUCCCUGCCAAGUGGAUUCUUCUUUCAUCCAUCGCAAUAUUCGAGUUGGGUUCCUUGAUAUGUGGACUGUCAAAGAGCAUAUUCCAGCUCAUUGCGGGUCGCGCAGUCGCUGGAGUUGGUGCGAGUGGCCUCAUCAUUGCCAUGCUUCAAGUCAUCAACCAGGUAUCACUUUUGGAGGAUCGACCCAAGCUUUUCGCUCCUUUCGGCGCAGUUUUCGGCCUCUCAACUAUCAUUGGCCCUUUAAUUGGGGGCGGUUUCACUGAUCAUGUUGGAUGGCGUUGGUGCUUUUUCAUCAAUCUUCCCAUCGGCGGCGUCUCCUUCGUCGCAGUGUUCCUUCUACUGAAGGCCCACCCUCCUCUUGGUUCCGAUCCCACCAAACGCUCGACACGAGAGGUCAUUCGGCAGGCUUUGCAGAUGGACUUUUUCGGAGCAGCACUUGUGGCUGGUUCAAUAGUCUCUUUGAUGCUUGCUUUACAGUGGGGAGGCAACACCAAGCCAUGGGACGAUGUGGGCGUUAUUGUGUGUUUCGCCGUUGCGGGUGUCGUCGCCAUAAUCUUCAUCGCUUGGGAGAAAUACGUGGGUGACCGCGCCAUGGUCCCGCUAUCCAUGUUCAAAUCCAAGUCCAUAUAUGCUAUCGUCUUCUAUGGCUGGACAAAUCGAUUUGUCAUGUUCGUAUACUGCUACUACGUGCCAAUCUUCUAUCAGGCGGUCCAUGCGAGUAGCGCGACCAAGUCUGGAAUCAACCUCCUGCCCUUCCUGUUGAGCGCGGUUAUAUUCUUAAUCGCAUCAAGUGUUGCGACUGGGAAGAUUGGCUAUUACUGGCCCUUUCUUGUUAUCGGACCCGUUUUCAUACUGAUUGGCUCCGGGCUCAUGUUCACCCUCAACUCACUUACUCCCACUGCCAAAAUUAUCGGUUUCCAAAUCUUGAUUGGACUCGGCGCUGGGUUGGGCAUGCAAUCGCCGACCCUUGCAAUGCAGGCCGAGUUCGACGAGAGCCCGCAUCUUGUCGGUCAAGCCACCUCCGUCGUUUCCUUUGCACAGUUCAUGGGUGCUACAAUCGGCGUCGGUAUUGCCGAACCAACGUUUGCGUCGACGCUCACCCGCGCUCUCGCUCGUUAUGCUCCAAAUGCUCCAGCAGCCAUCGUCAAAGAGAGCCCGACCUCGAUCUACACCGAGCUUUCGCCGGAGCUCAUACCCGCCGUGGCACGCGCAUAUGCGAGCAGCUUGCGGUGGGUAUUUUUCUUGGGUGUGCCGGUUGGCGGCGCUGCGUUACUGCUGUCUCUCUUGAUCAACAAUAUCAAAAUCACCAAGAAAGCAGCUGCAGGCGAGUUGGAAGGACCGGGCGACACCAAGCUGGAGCGGAGUGAAAGAGAAGAUGGAGGCGGGAGAGGAGCCCACGGGGACGGCUACUGCUUGAAAUCACACUCGUUAAGACAUUAA